GUCGAAUGAUAUAGUGGAAAAAAAGAGUCAUGAAUCGACAAGAAAAAUCUCAGUCUUGACUCCGAAACUCCCCCCGCGUAAUUCCGAACUAGGUUUCUUAUCUCCGGCGAUCGGAGCUCUCUCUUCUCUCUUCCACCUUUCCCCUUUUUGUUUCCCAGCGAUGAUUUCCAGGUAGCUUCUGCUGAUUGCAAUUCUGACGGUAGCCAUGGCAAUGGGACUUCCUCGUCUUGUUGCUAUUGCUUUUACACUUCAUCUUGUUUCAAUCCUUCCUCUCCCUAUCUCUCUCGCAGAUGAGAUAACAUCUAUUGAAUCUGUCCCCGACCUUCAGAAGCUAAUGUAUGUUGCUGUUGAUGGGUAUCCUUGUGUACGGCUUCUCAAUCUUUCUGGGGAGAUUGGAUGUGCAAACCCUGGAUUGAACAAGGUGGUGGCUCCAAUCAUAAAACUAAAGGACGUUAAAGAUUUGGUUCAGCCUCACACUAUUUUGGUGACAGCUGAUGAAAUGGAAGGUUUCUUUAGCAGGGUGUCAAAUGAUUUGAGUUUUGCUAGCCAAAUUGGUGGCGUUCUAGUUGAAUCAGGAUCUAGCUUUCAACAAAAGUUCAAAGGUCUUUCUCCAGAUAAAAUGUUUCCUCAAGCGCAGUUUUCACCAUACGAAAACGUUGAGUACAAAUGGAAUCCAGCUGCAUCAAGCAUUAUGUGGAAAGCUUAUAAUUUUCCUGUGUACUUAUUGUCAGAAAGUGGCAUAUUAGCUGUGCAGCAGAUCCUUUCCAAGAAAGAGAUGAAGCAUAAAACUUAUACCAGUAACGUUGCUGAAUUCAAUAUGGUUAUGGAGACUACCAAAGCUGGUACACACAAUUCGGAGGCUUGUUUGCAGGAAGGAACUUGCCUCCCAUUGGGCGGAUAUAGUGUUUGGUCCUCACUUCCACCAAUCAAUGUUUCGUCUUCCAACAAUCGCAAGCCAGUAGUGCUAACUGUGGCGUCCAUGGAUUCUGCAUCAUUUUUCCGUGACAAGAGCUUUGGUGCAGAUUCACCGAUAUCUGGAAUGGUAGCUCUUCUGGGAGCAGUUGAUGCUCUUUCUCGAGUUGAUGGUUUUAGUAAUCUCAAAAAGCAGCUUAUAUUUUUGGUUCUGACCGGAGAGACGUGGGGUUACCUUGGCAGCAGGAGGUUCAUACACGAACUUGAUCUGCAUUCAGAGGCUGUUGCAGGCCUUAGCGAUACUCCCAUUGAAACGGUGCUUGAAAUAGGAUCCGUUGGAAAAGGUUUGAGUGGAGGGAUGAAUACCUUCUUUGCUCAUAAAACUAGGGUUUCUUCUAUUACAAACAUGACACUGGAUGCUUUAAAGAUAGCUCAGGAUUCACUUGCAUCAAAGAACAUUAAGAUUCUUUCAGCUGAUACUACAAAUCCGGGAAUACCUCCAUCAUCCUUGAUGGCAUUCAUGAAAAAGAACCCUCAGACUUCAGCUGUUGUUCUUGAAGACUUUGAUGCCAAGUUUGUGAAUAAGUUCUACCAUAGCCACCUCGAUGAUUUGUGUAAGAAGAGUCACAUCCUAUCUUUAUCUUCUCUUCGCUCCAAAACCCAUUUUACACUUUUUGAUUCCUUUCUGGUAUUUGUAUUUGCAGCAAAUAUCAACUCCUCAUCCGUAGUAGCUGCUGCUUCUGUUGUUGCCCGUACGCUGUACAUCCUUGCAAAUGACAGCAAAGAUACAAGCAACUCAGCUCUGGGAUCUAUCCAUGUCAAUGCUUCUUUCGUUGAAGAGCUUCUAGCCUGUCUUUUAUCUUGUGAACCGGGCUUAUCAUGCAACUUGGUGAAAGAUUAUAUUUCACCAACAAACACUUGCCCAGGCAACUAUGCUGGCGUCAUCCUCGGAGAACCUUCAUCCAAACCUUACCUUGGUUACGUCAGUGAUGUUUCCAGAUUCCUCUGGAACUUGCUGGCUGAUAAAACAUCUGUCCAAAAGAGAAACACAGCCUCAGUUUGUUCAAAAGGAGCCUGUAGCAAAAGCGACGAAGUGUGCAUCAAAGCAGAGAGCAACAAGGAGGGAACAUGCGUUGUUUCCACAACCAGGUAUGUUCCAGCAUAUUCAACCCGAUUGAAGUAUGACGAUGGAGCUUGGACGAUUCUGCCUCAGAACACAUCGGAUUCUAUGGGGAUGGUUGAUCCGGUCUGGACGGAGAGCAAUUGGAACACUAUAAGGGUGCAUGUGUACACGGUCCAGCACUCAGUAUACGACAAUGCAGUCCUUGUCGCAGGUAUUACAGUCACAACGCUGGCUUACAUCGGGAUUUUGGUUGCCAAAUCCUUCAUUACAAAAAUCUUAAAGCAGGACUGAAAUGUUUUUUUUUAUGGGGAUGUUUUUGUUUUUGUUUUUGUUUUUGGCUGAUGUGGACAUUCUAGAUUAAGAGAGAUGACUCUCUUUAUAUAUAAUGGUUUUUCUUAAUAUGUGCGAAAAAUUGUAGUAUGACACAUUUGAAACAGAUGGAGUAAUGAAAAUUCUGUUUCAGAUA